GAGUGAGCCAACACAACCACAACCCAGCUAAUGGCUGAUAGUUGUUUUCACGUGGUUAUUCAUUCAUCAGAUUCCUGUAAAACAAUAUUCAAAGACUUUUGUUAAUUUGAUCAUGGACCGGUGAAUUUGUCUGAGUGAUCCAUGUGGACAGUCAAUGAAUCAUUACAAACUACACGCGAUUAGACAGGCACACAAAAAUGUAACACUUCAAACAAGAGUGCACAAGAAAAAUAUCAACCCCGGAGAAUUUAGUCAGUCAUAAAAUCUAUAUUAAAUAUAUUAAUAAUUAUUUCAAUUGUAUUGUUUAGUGAUUAUUUCUGUAAAUGAAAAUAGUUUCCAUGAAGGUACUUCAGUGACAUAAACAGUUUUGACUUUCUUAAAGAAGAGAUAGAGAAAGCUCUUGUAUCCAUCAUAAAGAAGAUGAGCAGCCUCUCAUUGGAUAAGAUGAAGGAAUUCAGGAUGAAGCCUGAUCAAAUCCUCAUUGAUCAGCUGUGUAACUGCUGCUGGGUCACAUGUCCAUUCUAUGCAGCUGUUUGUACCAACACACUGGAAGAUCACAGUCCUGAUGACCACAGCGUACCUUUUCAUCGACCUGCUGGGAUCAAUGGAUGGCACACUAAAGGCACAGUGGAACUGGUCACCAAUUUCUGCCCAACAUUAGUUGCAAGUGAUAGAAGUUUCUAUCCUCAUAGUGAUUCAGAUGAGACCAUUCCUUAUAAACUGUAUCAAACUGCUGGAGAGAAGUAUGCCAAAUGGGAGAUUACUCCUGAUGCAUCUACGCUGACAUACUGGAAAUGGUUUGUAUGUCGAUUUCAAAAGCAACUGGAAGACCAUUAUGGAUUAAAAUUCCAGGGCAGAGGAGAAAUUCCCAGUGAGUGGAGAGACCACAGUAAACAAGAAGCUAUUGAUAGUCUGGAUGAAAUGUACAACCUGUGAGUGAACCAGAAACAACCAAGCUCUACUCAAAGUAACAGAAGCCCAAAGUGUCCUUAACUGUUCAAAAGAAAUCAUUUUUGAUUCGAUUGAAGGAGUGCAACAAUAUCAACGAUGAGGAUGAAUCCUUUCAAAAAUAUUGGAAUUGUUUUUGUUGUUUGAUUUAUUAGACUCUUGUCAUUGCUACAGUAUAUUGAUAUUCAUAAUUACUAACAGAAAUAUCAGUCUUUAUGGAAAAAAAUGGGAUAUUUUCUUUUUCUGUAAUAAAUCAGUCAAUGGAG